AGGGCCACAAUGGGGCCUGGGAGGUGGGCGGGGCGGAGCACGGGUGUCCCGCCACGUCGCUUUGUUUUCCCACGCCAGGAGCUACCACCACAGGUCAGUGCACCUCGGGGCCUCCCCUCGGGGCACCGGCUCCCCCACCCCCGACCCUCCCCGCGGCACCUUUUCCCAACACCACGAAAAUCUCCUGCCAGCCCCCCGCCAGGUGAUUCCCUUCCCAAAGUCUGGGUCUAAACUUGUCCCCAGCCAGUUCACGACCCCACCUAGCCCUCCCUGGAGUCAGGAGCGGGGCGAUGGCCUUGAACCCGCUCCAGCCCACGCCCCUCAGAGCCGGGAAGGAAGCUCCUGUUUGUUUUGCCGGCGCCAGGGAUACCGACCUGGCCCCGCCCCGCGCUAAUCUGAGGGUAGCGGGAAAGUGCGCUGCCCAAGAAUCUGGGGUGGAGGGGCCGCUGCCACCGCCCUCGGUCCACAGGUGCUGCGAGCCGUAAGCGCCCCCCACCCGCGACAUGGGCUCGGACGCCUGGGUGGGCCCUUGGCGGCCACACCGGCCUAGAGGCCCCAUCGCGGCGCACUACCAAGGCCCCGGGCCCAAAUACAAACUGCCGCCCAACACCGGCUACGUCCUGCAUGACCCGUCGCGGCCCCGAGCCCCCGCAUUCACCUUCGGCGCGCGCCUCCCCACGCAGCGGACGACUUGCGGCCCCGGGCCCGGCCACCUGGUGCCCGCCCGCAUGACCGUGCGCGGCCCCGACAGCGCCCCCGCCUACUCCAUCUACGGCCGCCCGCGCCACUCAGCGCCCUUCCCCACUCCGGGACCCGGCAGGUACUUCCCGGAGCGAGCUGGGAACGCCACGUACCCCAGCGCGCCUCGACACACCAUUGCUCCCCGAAACUGGGGUGUCCACGCCGAGCAGCAGAGCCCAGGUCCGGGGACCUAUACUGUGCCCUCGCUCUUGGGUCCGCGAGUCAUUGGCAAAGUCUCCGCCCCAACUUACUCCAUCUACGGCCGCAGAGCAGCGGGCAGUUUCUUCGAGGACCUCAGCAAGACCCCGGGCCCCUGCGCCUACCACGUGGUGAGCCCGGGGGUCUACAAGUCCCGGGCCCCCCAGUUCACGAUGCUGGCGCGGACUUCGCUCCCCCAAGACAGCACGCAGAAGCCGGGGCCCGCAGCUUACAACGUGGACCAGCACCGGAAGCCCCGCGGGUGGAGCUUCGGGAUCCGGCACUCGGACUACCUGGCCCCUCUGGUGACCGACGUGGACAACUGACGCGCCGGGCGGGCGCGGCCCCACACUUGUUUGCUUAAAGAAGUUUGCGAGCCCGCAUCG